AUGGCCAUCCCUGCCGCGCCCUCCUACGGGGUAGCGGCAGAGCUCCCCGACCCCGGGAGCCUGCGGGCAGACAGCGACGGCUGCCGCUGGGGGAGGAUAUCUCGUCCAGGACUACGUUUCCCAGCGGCUCCUCCCGGGGCUGCACAUGCUCGAUGCGGCUCCCGGCGGCGCCCGGUGCGGCGCAGGGGCGGUCGGUGCGGUGCCGGUGCUGCUCCCGGUGCUGCUCCCGGUGCCGCUCCCGGUGCCGCUCCCGGUGCCGCUCCCGGUGCCACCGGCGGCGCGGCGCUCCCUGUGCACGGGUUCCCCGUGCAGUUCCCGGCGCGGUUCCCGGUGCGCCUCCCGGUGCCGCCCCCGGCGGGGCAUCCUCCCGGGAUCCUCGCUGGGGAGCGCAGGGUCCCCCCGGCCCGGCCCGGCAGCAUGCCCCGCGGGCGGGCCUGGUCGCAGGCGGAGGUGGGCAGCCUGCUGUCGCUGGUGGGGGGCUCGGGGCAGGCCGCGCUGCUCAUGGCCUCCACGUCGCGGCCCAACGAGGCGCUCUGGCGGCAGAUCUCCCGCGGCCUGGCCGAGGCCGGCUACGAGCGCAGCGUGGCCCAGUGCCGCUCCAAGUGGAAGGCGCUCAAGCAGGCGUUCCACUCGGAGCGGGAGACGCGCCGCAGGGCGGGACACCACUCGGCCCGGCUGCCGCCGCACUACCGAGCCAUGAAGAGCAUCUGGAAGGCGGCCGGGCGGCCCGUCUUCGGCGAGCGGAGGAUGCCAGACGUGGUGAAGCUGCCCACCAGAAAGCGCAGGUCAGCCCUUGCCACACACUCUCCAUCCUCACCAGAACCACCAGAGCACGACGUUGGCGGGGACACCCCCGGCACGCUGCUGUCACCGGUGCUGCAGUGUGCAAAGGACGAGCCAGAGAGUUCAGCUGGUGGGGACCAAAUUACUGGAGUGCCACCCACAUCCCCUGCCAUGCCACACACCAGUGGCUGCUUCCCUCACCUCUCCUUCCUGGGCUGUCACACUGAUCUGAAGCAGGAAGGAGCUGAGGGAAAGGCCGGUUUUCCUGGUGAGACGUCCCUGGGGGUGGGAAGAGGAAACCGAAUGCUGCCACUGGCUGCUGCAGCCACAGACUCCCACGGGACAGCAGCCAUGAGUGAGCAGCCAGCAGCAGGUGAAGAUGCAUCAGACACAAGCUUGCAUGGGUCUGGCGUGGCAGGCCUGCUCCAGAACGUCCAGCAGCUACUGGUGCAGAUCCUGCAGACAUCACGGCAGCAGCAGGCACUGCUGGAGAGCCUGGCCAGCGACACAGUCUCCCACCUUCACCUCCUCUCCCACAGCCUCGUGCAGGUGGGCGAAACCCUGCACCAACUCUUGCUACGGCCACAGACCUAUCCUGGCCCUGUUGGCCACUACAUCCCCCACGUGCCCCUUUUUGAGGGUGGCUCUGGAGUGCCCUGCUCCCCUGGUGCUCCCCACCCUUCUCCAGAUCACAAAGAGGAGCCUCAGCUGUCCCCUGAUGCCAGGUGCAUCCCCCCAUGAGUGCCACCAUCACUGGUCCCAGGAGCAACAGCCUUGCUACAGAGCCAUGGCACAAAUCUUUAUAUCAGAGGUUCCAGAUAUUUUGAAAGUUUAUACUAGAGAGACAUUUUAAUAAAAUUAAAAAUAGGUUUUCUGCC